AUGACAGAAAUAGCCGAUAAUAAUUCAUCAUCACCAACAACACCGCAUAUAACACUUUCACAUGAUGGUUCAACUCAAGACAUUUAUGUUUCAUCCACGGCUGCUGCUGCAACCUCAUCGCCAAAACGGAGAUCUUUAAAUAACAGCGUGUCAGUAACGCAAUUAAAAAAACAAUUGUUGGAACAAUUUAACGAACAAGCCGAUCAAAUACAAAUGACGGCCGAGUUAGGUGCUGCACUUGUAAAACAACAGGCUGAAUUAGAACAACGACUUAAUGAGUUGAAUCAGACCGAAGGUGACGAGGUACCUUUAGAGUUGAAAAAUAAAUUGGAUGAACUUGAGCGUGAAGCAAAGAAUUUAGAUGCAAAUACUGCAAAAGUUUUCUUGGGCGCUAAAGGUUUAUUAAACUCGGGUAAUGGCGAUGUUAAUGGCGGGAUUGAUUCGUCAGGAUCAUCUCAAAAUGAUACACCUGCCGUAACAGCAUCCUCGCGUAGACGCGAUAUGUCAAGACAAAAAGGCAGAACAAAAGACAUCGAAUUUGCCACUGAGAUAGGUCAAGGUUUAUUGGUGGAGGUCAGACAAGAAAAUGAAGAACAAUAUAAAGAAGAAAAUUGGAACCUUGAAUUGUCAAGACAAGAUUUAAAUUCUCAAGUAAUUGAACUUCAAAGUCAAUUCACAAAAUCACGUAGCGACUAUGAAAAAUUGGAAAGAGCGUUAGCUAUUGCUACUGAUGUAAUAGAACAACUCAAAGAUAAAGAAGAAGCAUUAACAAACAAUUUUGAAACUUUGAAAAAUCGUCAUGAUCAAGAUAUGGCCAAUAACCGUAGACAUAUCAGCGCUGUCAAUCGUGAAAAAAAUGAUAUGAGUAAAACCAUCGAGGAAUUAAAAAGUAAAUUAGAUAAUUUGAUGGUUGCAAGAAGCCUACGUAAUAAACGUAAUCCAGAUCAAAAAAAUAGCAUUCAUAAAUCAUUAAUGGGUAAAAAUUUAAAUAUCGAACUCGAGACUUUGAAAGCUCUUAAUAUCUCUAACCGUAUGGUCGGUAAUCUCAGAGCAAAUUUGCAAAAAGAAAAAAGUGAAAAAUAUGAACUUAAAAAAUUAUUGGCCGAAAGUCAAGAAUUAAUUGAAAUGAUGAGAUAUGAAACUGAAUUUCAUGAUCCUACCUCCAUCAAUUCUGGCAUGUUCAAAAAUCGUCGUUCAAGCAGUCGUUUCAAGCGUUCAUCAUCUGCGAGUAAUAGAUCUGUUCGUAACCAUGAAACUUUGAUGGAAGAAGGUUUUGGUGACAAUGGUGUAGUCAAUGGUGUUUACGGUGCUGAUGAUGAUCAAUCAAUCAAUGGUGCUAAUGGUGAAAUGGGCUAUGAUGAUAUCAAUAAAAAUAACCGUCCUUCGUCUGAUAUGUUUAGACCUCAUGGUUGGAAAUCUGGUGUUAAGAGCAGAGGUUCAGUAAGAAGUUCCAUAAUGUCAAGUAGAAUUGAUGAGGACAUAGUUCCUGAGGAGUCAGAUGAAGAAUAUGAUACUAAAGAUGGCGAGGUUGCUGCUGCUAGAGCUGAAGCAUUAAAUAAUUUGACAAAAUCUGAUGAACAAUUUACAACUCAAUCAUCCCGAUCAUCCCGAUCAUCCCGAUUUUCCAGAAUUUCUCGUCAAAUAUUAUCAGAAGAACCCGAUUCAAUUGUUGAAAUACUUUCAAACGAAUCUCAAUCAAUUCGUGACUCAAACAGUAGAGAUUCAAUUGUUCGCAAACGUAUAAGUGAAUAUGAUGAUAUUUCAAAACAAAUAAUUGAUUCUGUUGAUAAAGAAGGCAAUCCGAAAUUAUAUCUUGAUGAUGAUAACGAUGACGUUUCAUCAGUAGAUUCGUUUGCUUCCGCCAACGAACCCGACGACAUUGAGUUUGGUUCUAAAAGAGCUUCUACCAAUUCCAGACGAGAAUCUAAAAAAUUCUCAAAACGUGAAUCAAGUAUUUCGCCAUUAUUAAAUAAAAAACAUUCAAUCAUCAUUCCUGAAGAAGCAUUACCACCGUUACCAAAGAAAGUAUUCAGAGACAUUUCAGUGCAAACAGAUAAAGUAAUCGAACCUGUUCCAACCAUAUCAACAUCAUCUAAAACUGACUCGAUGUGUACCUUCAACACAGGAAAAUUCACAUUUGGUGAACGUGAUACUAUGGCUUAUGAAAAUUCAAAGAGUGACGUGUCGAGUAUUCGUCAAUCAACUCAAUUAAAUUAUAAUACUAGUAACAAUAGUCGUACUAAUAGUAUUAAUAGUAUUAUCGGUAAUAAUAUUGAUAAAAAUCGAUUUACAUUGGAUUUAAGUUCCUCAGCAAACAAAUCACAAAAUAACAAUAAUCAACCAAAACGUCCAUUAACUGUAAGUUUUGGGCAACAAGCGGGAUCUCCUCAAUUACCAAAUCAUCCAUUGCAAGAUUCAGACGAUAAUUCCAAGCAAAACGAUUCAAAUUCUAAUAACAACAAUAAUGUAAAUGAUCCAAAUACUUUACAUCAACGAUCGCCAAGUUCUGACUCUAUAUCAACAGUUAGCACUGCAUCAACUUCAUCUGAUCAAAAACGUAGAUCCGAUGCCUCCUAUAUGGAUACAAAUGGAACUAGUCCGAUUGUUGGUCCCACACCAGGAACAGAUCCGACAAUCAUUCAUGCUAUAACUCAAACUAUGAUCGGUGAAUAUCUAUGGAAAUACACUAGACGUAAUUUUGGUGCCGGUAUAUCAGAAAAAAGACAUAAAAGAUUCUUCUGGGUACAUCCUUAUACAAAAACAUUAUAUUGGAGUAGUAAGGAUCCUGGAAACAAUGAACCAAUUGAUCCCAAAAUUAAAAGUGGAAUGUCUUAUUUUGCAUAUAUUGAGUCUGUUAGACAAGUAGUAGAUCAUAACCCAUCACCUCCAGGUUUACAUCAUAUGAGUUUAAUUAUUAAAACUCCAGAACGUGAAUUAAAAUUCACAGCUCAAUCAAAAGAAAGACAUGAAUAUUGGUUCCAGGCGUUAAAUUACUUAUUACAAAGGCCUGAAGAUUCGAUGCAAAAUGAAGCAUGGGAUGGUCAAUCAGAUGCAAGAAAUCUCAAUAUUAAUAACUCGAUCCAGAAUGGCGACAAUAAUAUUAGAGAAAUAAAGAAAAAAUCUAGUUUUAGUAAACUUCAAUCAAUAUUUAGAAGAGACGAAAAUGUAAGACAAUGUUGUGAUGGAAAACAUGAUAUUGAACCUGUUAAAGCUGCAAAUGCGUGUCAUCCAAAUCUCUGGCAUGAAGAAGAAAAAGCCAUAAAUGCAGUAAUGGAUCCAGAUUCAGAUUCUAAAAAUUUUAGAUCUAAUGAACCUGGAUCAGAUUCUAAACUUUUACUAGUU